UGUCGUUGUAGAAACCGCUAGAAACUUGUCAAAGUGUAAUAAGAGUCUCAAAAGAAUACAGAACUAAAAAGACAGCUGAUUUUCAUCGCACCAUCGACAUUUUACAGUCAUGUUUUAAUCACAGAGCCAAUAUGGAAGGUCAGUCUUUCUCCUUUUACUUUUAUUAGCUGAAAAAACCCGUUCCGUUUCGGCGUGUUGUCCUCAGGAUGCCGUGCACUGACACCAGGCAAAACGUUUCUCUCAACUGAUAACACGCUGAAGUAAUGCGAAACUCUUAACUACAGCUAACUCAGUUUUGUAGGCCCCAAACUAACUAAAACAGCGUGUUACAGAAGGUGUGUGGGGUUUAGUAAGCGGUUACCAACGAACGAACAGACCGUGGACAGCAAAUAACAGCGUGUAAUGUUUCCGUCGGAGCUGAGUUCAAGGUCCAGCUUCGAGUAAAGAAAAAUACGCACUCUGGUUAACAUUACAUCAAACUGGUGUCAAAAUGUCAGAGUCUGCUGAAAGUCGCACCAAAACGUUAAAUUUCAACAUCGGGGUGCUCGGACAUGUCGACAGCGGGAAGACGUCGCUUGCCAGGGCGCUGAGCAGCACCGCAUCCACGGCUGCCUUCGACAAGAACCCACAGUCCCGUGAGAGAGGCAUCACGCUGGACCUCGGCUUCUCCUCCUUCACGGUGGACCUUCCUGAUCAUCUGCGGGACACCGGAGGCCAGCAGCCGUAUGACAGCCUGCAGUUCACCCUGGUUGAUUGCCCGGGACACGCCUCUCUUAUUCGGACUAUUAUUGGGGGUGCCCAAAUCAUUGACCUCAUGAUGCUGGUGGUGGAUGUGGUGAAGGGGGUGCAGACUCAAACAGCAGAAUGUCUGCUGAUAGGAGAGCUGACCUGCCCUCGCAUGGUGGUCGUCUUGAACAAAACUGACCUGCUGCCACCCAACAAGAGACAGAGUGCCAUUGAGAAAAUGACCAAAAGACUUCACAAAACACUGGAGAGCACCAGAUUUAAGGAAUGUCCUGUGAUUGCUGUAGCAGCGAAGCCUGGGGGCCCAGAGGCUCCUGACACAGAGGAGCCACAUGGAGUGUCAGACUUAAUAGAGCUUUUGAAGAAACAGACAUACCUCCCUCGGAGAGACCCCGGAGGUGACCUUCUCAUGGCUGUGGACCAUUGCUUCUCCAUCCGUGGUCAGGGAACAGUCAUGACUGGAACCAUCCUGCAGGGGUCGUUGGCCAUCAAUGACACUGUGGAAAUCCCAGCACUAAAGGUGACCAAGAAGAUAAAGUCGGUGCAGAUGUUUCGGAAGCCGGUGUCUGGGGCCAUGCAGGGGGAUCGUGUGGGUGUGUGUGUGACACAGUUUGACCCUAAACUGUUAGAGCGGGGUGUGGUGUGCACCCCAGGGUCCCUACGCACCCUCUACGCAGCUGUCAUCUCUGUGAGGAAGAUAGGCUACUUCAAGGGCUCUCUUGCCACCCGUGCCAAGUUCCACAUCACUGUGGGACACGAGACAGUCAUGGCGAGGGUCACCUUCUUUGGCCUGCCACCAUUGGAUGCUUCAGAGCCCCCUUCAGACAUUAAACAACCCCCAUCACAGCCCUGCUCACUCGAAACACCCUUCACCCUUGAAAGGGAAUACUUAUACCAGGAUGAAUAUGUCACUGGUCAGGGAGAGGCGAGUUCAGGACCUGACCCAGAGCAAUGGGCCUUAUUGGAGUUUGAGCGGCCAGUCACAUGUCCCUCACUCUGCCUGGUGAUCGGUUCCAAACUGGACACAGACAUUCACGCCAACGCAUGCCGGUUGGCCUUCCAAGGUCGUCUGCUUCAGGGGUUUGAAGAUAAAGGCUAUGCUGAGACUGCCCUGCCUCGUCUGCACAUCUACAAGACGAAACACAAGGAGGGACAGGUGGAGAGGGUGACUGACGAUUAUACUGUGAUUGGCCGCAACUUGUUCAAGAAGGAGACCAACCUCCAGCUCUUUGUUGGGUUGAAGGUCACUCUGUCGACAGGGGAGACUGGCGUUAUCGAGGGUGGGUUCGGACAGAGCGGCAAGUUCAAGAUCCGGGUGCAAGAGGGUCUUUGCCCAGAAACAAAGCAGUUGUUAUCCUCCAACUCCAAGAAGAAAGGCAAGGGUGGAAGUAAAGGCGGACCAGCAAAUGAAGAGGAGCCCAAAACAGAUUCUCAGCCUGUUAGCAUUCACUUACAUUUCAAACGGUAUGUGUUUGAUCCCCAUAAAAAGAUGGUUCAGUCUUGACCAUUUCAGCCUGACGCCGUGUCACUGUGCUUCAGACAGGCAGAGUGUAGUUUCAGAGGUCUCGUAGAGGGGAGAGGAAUACUGGCCUCUGUUAACUUUCUUCAGUAUACCUCUUUUUAUGGGGAUGGGGUCUGCUGAAAUGCAAAGUUUGUUGAAUGUUGAACGCAUGUGAAACUGUGAUUGUUUUGCAUUUGAGUUGUAUGAAAUAAGUCAGUGCUUUUUUUCUUAUAAAUCAGUUCUUUUGACUUGCGGCAAACUUUUCAGUAUGUUUCUCAUCCAGCAUAAACACAUUAGCAAACACUGUAGAAAUACUGUACUCAGAUUUCCACAGGUACCUCAGGUCUCUGCUCUCACUGUCUGAAGGGAUAAAGGCUGUGUUAUGUUUUACGCUUGGAUUCACUGGCUGUUGCUGCAUGAUUCUUAAAGUAUUUGUUCAUAUUUCAAUAUUUUCAUUUCAUUAACUUUAACAGCAGUUUGUAGAGCUGCAUUUUACCCAGAAAAAUAGCUAUACCAGAGGAUGCUUGGCUUGAACUGAAUACUGAUUUUUUUAGAAAGACAAAUAAAGCAAACCUAUGCUGAAACUCUA